GGCGGAGGCGGCAGGGAUGCGAUGGCGGAGUCGCUGCCCCUGGAGAUGCUCACAUAUAUUCUGAGCUUCCUGCCUCUGUCAGAUCAGAAAGAGGCCUCCCUCGUGAGUUGGGCUUGGUACCAUGCUGCUCAGAAUGCCCUUCGGGAGAGCCUGGGCCUCAGGGGCAUCUGCUGCAUCAGCCUGACCAGCGUGGAUGGCUCUCCGGCUUCGUGCCAGGUGCUACAGUCUGUUGCUUACCACCUGGGCCCACACCUGCAGAGCUUGUCCCUGGGUGGAGGCAGCCCCACAGAGGCCUCCUUUGUGGCCCUGAUCCUGGGCUGCCCAGCCCUGUGUGUCCUUGAUCUCAGUGGCUGCAACAGCCUCUUCACCUCUGGCACACUGCUGGCUCAGCCCGAGAUGGCACAGAGCGUCCGGCGGGCCUUGAGCGGCCUCCGUGAGCUCAACCUGGCUGGCCUGCGAGACCUGGCUGACCUCAGCUUCAACCGGCUCAGCAGCUGUGCCCCCAGCCUGGAGCGCCUCUCCUUAGCAUACUGCCACCUCACCUUCGAGCUAGGCCCAGCCCGAGGCUCCAUCGGCCCCCAAGACUCCUCUCCCUCCCGGUUCUCCUUCCGCAACCUGCUGCGAUUCGUGCAAGAGCGGGCUGGCAGGCUGCGUGCGCUGGACCUGAGUGGCACUGGCCUACCAUCCGAGGCCCUUCAGGCCCUGGGCCAGGUAGCUGGGCUGCAACUGCAGGAGCUGAGCCUGCACAGCUGCCGGGACCUCUCCACAGAGGCUGUGGCUACCCUGUGCUUCCAGCAACCAGGCCUUACCUCCCUGGACCUCAGCGGCUGCUCAGAACUGACUGAUGGGGCGCUCUUGGCCGUGAGCCGGGGCCUGCGGCACCUGCGGCGCCUGAGCCUGGGGAAGCUGCAGCGGCUGACAGACGCAGGAUGUACAGCUCUGGGUGGCCUGCGGGAGCUGCAGAGCCUCAACAUGGCCGAGUGCUGUCUGGUGAGAGGGCGGGAACUGGCCCAGGCCUUGGGCUCUGUGCACAGGGCUCCAUCCCAGCUGGCCUCCCUCAGCCUGGCCCACUGCUCUUCGUUGAAGGACGCCUCAGUGCUCUCCAUGAUCCCAGCGCUGGGCCUGAGCCUCAGGGUGCUAGACCUGUCCUCCUGUGUGGCCCUCACCAACCGGACCCUGCAGGCCAUCUGCACCUACCUCACCCACCUCUCAGUCCUACGCCUGGCUUGGUGCAGGGAGCUGUGUGACUGGGGGCUUCUGGGGCUGGAGGAGCCUGUGCAGGGGACCCAGCCACGCCCAGAACUGGAGCAUCAGGCCUCAGGCACCAAGGACCCCUGUCCCGAGCCACAGGGCCCCUCCCUGCUCAUGCUGCGGGCCCUGCAGGAGUUGGACCUCACAGCCUGCAGCAAGCUGACGGAUGCCAGUUUAGCCAAGGUGCUCCAGUUCCCCCAGCUGAGGCAGCUGUCCCUGAGCCUGUUGCCAGAACUCACAGACAAGGGCUUGGUGGCUGUAGCCAGGGGCUGUCCUAGCCUGGAGCACUUGGCGCUGAGUCACUGCAGCCACGUCAGUGACAAGGGCUGGGCCCAGGCAGCCAGCUCCUGGCCGAGGCUGCAGCACCUCAACCUGUCCAGCUGCAGUCAGCUCACAGAGCAGACACUGGAUGCCAUUGGGCAGGCGUGCAGGCAGCUCCGGGUGUUGGAUGUGACCAUGUGCCCUGGCAUCAACAUGGCAGCCGUCAGACACUUCCAAGCCCAGCUGCCCCAGGUGUCCUGCGUCCAGUCCCGCUUCGUGGGAGGGGCUGACCUGACCCUAACACUCUGAGGCCGGGUCAGUAACCAGCCCUGCAGCACAGCCUCCUUGACUCCCCCAGUCCCCAACCCUGGCCUUGACCUGGGUUGCCUCUUGCCUCCCUCUACUGCAGACCUUCUAGGACUGGGGGUGGGGCCAAUCCAGGGCAGCCCAGAGGGAACUUCCCACCACACCGCCUGACAGUAGCCUCUUUCCAGCUACACGUCGCUGCCACAGGCCCCUGGAAAUGCUAGCUACUUGUUUGCCGUCACAGGCUCCUGCUCUCUGGCCAAGCCCUGGGCGGGAGGCCAGGCCCCCAGCUGGUGGGGUCUGGUGCUGGGAGGAGCAGAGCCCCUGCCUCUUGCCUGCCCUCUUCUCAGACCUAAGGCCCGGCUCCACCUACUCCCGUGGGACUCUCCCAGCACCCUGUGUGCACUGAGCUUCAGCAGCUUCACCAGCUUCGCCCAGGUCUGUGUUGUAAACCCUAAGAUUAAACAUUCCAGAUAGUA